GGGUUGGGUGCUGGUGGAGCCAGUUCUGCUUAUGGCUUUAGCACUAGCGGAGGGCUUGGUAUGGGAGGUGGUAUUGCCGCCGGGAUGGGUUUCUUUGGAGUUGGUGGUGCAGGAGGCUACGGAAGCUCAGCAGCGUAUCUACCCAUCACUAAUGUGACCGUAAACAAACAACAUUUGGCUCCCCUCGACUUGGCAGUAGACCCUACUAUUGGAGUUGUCCGACGAGAAGAGAAGGAACAAAUCAAAACACUGAAUAACAAAUUUGUUGGUUUUAUAGAAAAGGUCCGCCUGCUGGAGCAGCAGAAUAAGAUGCUGACAGUUAAAUGGGAAUUGUUACAGAAUCAGCAGCAGGGUGGUGCUCCUGGUGGAGUGAACCUGAACAACUUGUAUGAGGCAUACAUCUCCAACCUGAGACGACAGCUGGAUGCUCUCUGCAAUGACAAAAGCAGCCUCGAGUCAGACCUGAAAAACAUGCAGGGCCAAGUGGAGGAUUUCAAAAACAGAUAUGAAGAUGAAAUCAACAAGCGCACUGCACUGGAAAAUGAAUUUGUGGUCAUAAAGAAGGAUGUUGAUGCAGCAUUCAUGAUUAAGGUAGAGCUGGAAGCAAAACUGAGAGCUCUUUGAGAAGAGAUUGAUUUCCUGAGGGCUAUAUAUGAAGUGGAAUUUCAGCAACUCCACACACAAGUACAGGACAUCACAGCCAUUGUGCAAAUGGACAACAACCGUCAGCUUGAUCUGGACAACAUCAUUUCAGAGGUCAGACUGCAGUAUGAUGAGAUGGCCAACAAGAGCAGAGCUGAAGCUGAGGCUUUUUACCAGCAAAAGUAUGAAGAACUUGCAAGCUCUGCUGGAAAGUAUGGGGAUGACCUUCGUGUCACCAAGUCAGAGAUUGCAGAAAUGACCAGAAUGAUCACAAGACUGACAAAUGAAAUUGAAAGCCUGAAGAACCAGCGAGCUUCUCUGGAGGCUGCCAUCACAGAAGCUGAAGAACGAGGUGAGCUGGCUCUUAAAGAUGCCUGCGGUAAGAAGGCAGAUUUAGAAGCUGCCCUACAGAGGGCCAAGCAGGACAUGGCCCGACUUGUACAUGAUUACCAGGAGCUCAUGAAUGUCAAACUGGGUCUGGACAUUGUGAGCCUGAAGGGAGAGGAGAUCAGGCUGAGUGGACAAGGCACUGGACAGGCCACAGUCAUGGUGCAGUCAACGACUAGUGGUACCAGUAGUGCUGCUGCAGGCACUGGCUUUGGAGGGGGCAGCAUAGGUUUCAGUCUUGGAGGUGGCUCAGGUGGCCUGAGUUUCACAAGUGGCGGUACUGGAUUUGGGCAGGGAGGUUCUGCCUCUGGAGGGUCAUCCAUCAUAAGAACUUCUUCUAUGAGAACAGAGUCAGUCAGGAUGGUUAGAUAAACUUCAUAUCACAAUGCACCCAGCCUUGCUUGCUGAUGUCCCUGUCUUUACUACCUGCUGACAGAAAACCCAGU